AUGAGGUUAAAGUGAGUGGCGUUGUUGGAAUCGGAAAAGAAAAUAAAUUGGAAAUGUGCGAGAAAGUGCGCUCUAGCAAACUAGUCCCUUGGUUUUCUAGGCCACACAUUUAUUUUUUAUUUUUAUUUUUUUCUCACACUUUUUCACGCCCCGUUUCCAGCCUGAAAAUGUCAUUCCCGGGUCAAGAAUCAACUGAAAAGCCGCGAAACGAACUGAACAAUGAGCAAAUCCAACAAUUGCUCAACAAAUUAUCAAGCGACGAGCAAAAAGAGCUCGCCGAUAUGAUGAAAACGUGUACCACCGAAGUGACGACAACACGUGGAUUACCAAUCACGGCGGGAAUUUUGGGAACAUUGUAUGUUGCAAGACAACGACUUCCAUCACAAUAUCAUUUUGGGCCAAAAGGUUGGCCGUUUUAUGCGAUUAUGGGAAUUGCGUAGGUUUUUUGUUGAAUUUUGAUGGAAAAUCUGAGAUUUUCGGUUUAGAAGUCUAACAUCGGUGAAUUUGUUGUUUAUGGGAAUGUGUCGAGAUCGAGUUACACCAAGAAUUCAACAAUUGUGGAAUAAAUAUCAACUUGGCAACUCAUCGACCACUUAUGAAGAAAUUCGACGACAAAAUCGAGCGGGAGCUGCAGCUGGAGCUGGUGUGCAAGGAGAACAACCUCCACAGGUACAUUUCCUUAGUUUUCAGAAAAUAAUAAUAAAAAAUUUGAAUUUUUUCCAAAAAAUUCAAGAUUUCGGGCUAAAUUUUCUAAAAACAAAUAAAAAUUUUAAAGCUGGAACUACAGUACCCGAAAAACUCCCCUCAGGACUCUUAGAACCAAAUUUAACGCGUAUUUUUCCCGCCAAAACUAUAGAAGCCCAAAAUUCCCUUCAAAACCCGAGUGCCCUAAAUAUUUGGCCCCAAAAAUCCACGUAUUCUUCCAGAGACAACAAGGCUACAACUACGAAAUGCCUUCUUCGCCACAAAGUGCUUCUCCAGCUCAAAAAUCCGAUAUUUAUCAACAAGAUUUGGCAUUCACAACAUACGAUCCUUAUGCUAAUCUGAGCAAUGCGAAUUCUGGAUCGAAAAAUGAUUUCGAUAUGGUUUCAGGUAUUCAAGUCCUGAAUUUUGUUAGCUUGAUAAAAAUAGCCAAAUUUUUCCAGGAUCCUCGCGGCGAUCUUCUCCACCUCCACCUUCAUAUUUCGACAACGAUGCUCCGUCUUACAUGUCUGGAACUCCAUCUUCAUCAGGACGUAGGGAAUUUUCUUAA